AUGUCCUCUGCUGCAGGUGACCCAAAGGCUACUGCUACUACUGACGCGUCCGACGCGUCGCCCGUGGACAAGGGCAAGGGCAAGGCGCCCAAAGAAGACACAUCAAUGGAGGUCGAAGAUGAUGAGGAUGAUGAGGACGACGACGAUGAUGCUGAAGAGGACAGCGAUGAUGAGGAGGUCGAGGAGGAUUUCUCUGAAAUCAACCCAGAAGCAAUCACUUCGCGCCGCACACGUGGAAAAAAGGUCGACUACACUUCAGCUGAGGCCCUCGCCAAAGCCGGGCUCGCUGCCGAGGGCGACGAUGACGACGACGAAGAAAUGAAGUAA